AUGGUCCCAGAGCAGGGCCCCACCACCAACAGCACCCCGGACUGGGAGUCGGGGCCGCCAUCGGAGCCGGGGGGCAGCGGCUGGGUGGCGGCCGCGCUGUGUGUGGUCAUCACGCUGACGGCGGCGGCCAACUCGCUGCUCAUCGCGCUCAUCUGCACGCAGCCCACGCUGCGCAACACGUCCAACUUCUUCCUGGUGUCGCUCUUCACGUCGGACCUGAUGGUGGGGCUGGUGGUGAUGCCGCCGGCCAUGCUGAACGCGUUGUACGGGCGCUGGGUGCUGGCGCGGGGCCUCUGCCUGCUCUGGGCCGCCUUCGACGUGAUGUGCUGCAGCGCCUCCAUCCUCAACCUCUGCCUCAUCAGCCUGGACCGCUACCUGCUCAUCCUCUCGCCGCUGCGCUACAAGCUGCGCAUGACGCCCCCGCGCGCUCUGGCGCUGGUCCUGAGCGCCUGGAGCCUGGCCGCGCUCGCCUCCUUCCUGCCCCUGCUGCUGGGCUGGCACGAGUUGGGCCGCGCGCGGGCGCCCGCCCCGGGCCAGUGCCGCCUGCUGGCCAGCCUGCCCUUCGUCCUGGUGGCGUCGGGCCUCACCUUCUUCCUGCCCUCGGGCGCCAUCUGCUUCACCUACUGCAGGAUCCUGCUGGCCGCCCGCAAGCAGGCCGUGCAGGUGGCCUCCCUCACCACCGGCAUGGCCGUCCAGGCCUUGGAGACGCUGCAGGUGCCCAGGACCCCAUGCCCCGAGGUGGAGUCAGCUGACAGCAGGCGUCUAGCCACCAAGCACAGCAGGAAGGCCUUGAAGGCCAGCCUGACACUGGGCAUCCUGCUGGGCAUGUUCUUUGUGACCUGGUUGCCCUUCUUUGUGGUCAACAUAGCCCAGGCCGUGUGCGACUGCAUCUCCCCGGGGCUCUUUGAUGUCCUUACAUGGCUGGGUUACUGCAACAGCACCAUGAACCCCAUCAUCUACCCACUCUUCAUGCGGGACUUCAAGCGGGCCCUGGGCAGGUUCCUGCCGUGUCCCCACUGCCCCCGGAAGCACCGGCCCAGUCUUGCCUCGCCCUCCAUGCGCACCUCUCACAGCGGCCCACGGCCGGGCCUGAGCCUGCAGCAUGUGCUGCCACUGCCCCUGCUGCCGAACUUGGACUCGGACUCGGACCCAGGCUCGGGGGGCUCCUCAGGCCUGCAACUCACGGCCCAGCUGCUGCUGCCUGGAGAGGCCACCCGGGACCCCCCGCCGCCUGCCAGGACCACUGCCGCAGUCAACUUCUUCAACAUUGAUCCUGCGGAGCCGGAGCUGCAGCUGCAUCCGCUUGGUACCCCCACGAACUGAUGCAGGCUUGGAGAACUGGACUGGAUGGGAACAAGUCCCUGAGGCCUUGGACUAGCUCUUGGCUAAAACCAGGAGGCUACAGGUCUCCCGGGAGCCCACUGAGCUCCAGUGGGCUGCAAUGAGCCAGCUCCCCCUGCCCACAACAGGGCUAGUUGCUGGCUCAGUACAGCAUAGUGGGGGAUGGCAUUCUCAUAGUGGCAUUCUCCAGGAUGCCCCACUAUUGAGUGUAACUUGUGGAUGUGUGUAGAGCAAGGCUGGGGGACUCCAGGGAGUGGGGUAAGGACCUCUUGGUCCAGAUUAGGCUGAAGAAAACCAUCUCCUUUGCACGUUCUAUCAGACUGCAUGGGAGGGACACCUCUGUCUGCAGAGGUGGCUUGGCGCUGGGCCAAAUUCCUUGCUCCUCAAAGUCUCGUCCAUGGGCCACCGCAUCAGCUCCCGGGAGUCUGUUAAAAAUGCACGCCUCUGCCCCACCCCGACCUGCUGAUCACCAGGUGGAUCCUGCGCACAUUACAGUUUGAGAUGUGCUGGUUCAGGUGAUCGUUAACCCUGAGAAUGGUUUGCUAGACAGUUUUCGGACCAGUCAGGUUCUCAGGAUACAGCUGCCUGCACAUAAAGCAUCCGAGCCUGGGAGUCAGGCAGGCGUAAAUUUGAACCUCUGCUUCACCACUUACCAGUCCUUGUAGAAGUUAAUUAACCUCUCUGAGCCUAUUAUUCCACAUGCAAAAUGGGAGUAAUGAUGCCUGCUUCAUAGGGUGUCUUGAGCGUUAGGAUAACGCACACAGAAUGCCCAGCGCUCGGCAGGUGGUCGGUUGGUGGUCCCUGCUGUUAUAGCUCCUGGCCGUCCAGCCCCCUGGCCUCUGGCUGAGGGCCGGGAAGGGCUAUUGGUUCCCACUGUUCUUCCACCUUCCUCCUCCUCUUCAGCCCCGGCCCAGAUCCCACAGCCUGACUCUGGUUCCCCAACUCCUGGCUCUGGAUCCUGGGUAGGGCCCCUACCCCAGCUCCCAGGCGGCUGCAUUGCGUCUCCUGGAGCCAAAGGGAUAGCUGGCGGCUUCUGCUCAGCGCCAGGGAUGGUGUUCCUCUACCUGGACUUCCUUGGGCCUAGAAGGGAACCAGCUGAUGGGGGCAGAACCAGCCCUUGCCCACCUCCUUCUGGCUUUCCCUGGGGUCAGUGAGGGACGUGGGAGUGGUGGCCAUUGUGUCAGCAGAGUUGUAGAGCCGCCCCUGGUGCGGGCUGGUGCCCUGGGGCAGGCAGGUGGGCCCUGGCACAGGGGCCUGGU